AUGUCCGUCCACUGCUUGUACAAAUACACUAAGGAACGGACAGCAACGAAGUCGCGAAAACAUAAGACACGGCUCAUAGGGUUCGCAACAUCUGGAUGGGUUCAUGAAUCCUAUUCAGACGCGAAAGCCGUUACUCGCUCAGCAAACCGAAACAGCUUGUUCAUUUCCAAACAGUUAAUAAUAGAGAACAGUCAUGAUUAUGCUACGGGCCAUCCUCAUCGGCAUUGCUGUUUUUUCUACAAUACGUGCAGGAAAAGUUCGCAACAUCUGCUGCAUGAAUUCUGUUCAGUAGAGAAAGCCAUUACAACUCACGCAGCUUGCACACAGUUAAGGUUCAAGAACGGUCAGGAUGAUGUUAUCACUCACCCUUCUCUGCAUUGCUGUUUCGUCAGCAGUAUGCGGCCAGCAGUACGGGGGGUUCCCGCUACCACCGGUGGGACGCCCCGAAUACGAUCCACCUGUCGCGCAUCCAUAUGGAGAAAGAGAGCCAGGUCGCGGGCCGGUUCUAGGAGACCCCAUUCCGUUUGAUCACUUUCGAUGCGACCUACUAGACGAUGAUGCCGUAUUCCGACGUCGGUAUUGCGAAGCCGUCUGUCACGGAUAUCACUACACUACAGGCUUCUGCAAUGGAUUCAUAUGCGAUUGUCGCUAGGUGUACGAGACCAUAUAUGUAAAAGCAAUAUGUGAAAUACACGUGUCUCCUACUCUUAAA